CAUCAGGUCAUGGAGAUCAAAGCAUCUAGAGCCAAAAAAGGUGAUCAACUCGUGGGAGAUCUAUUUCAAGGAGAUUUUCAAGCAAGGAGGAGUUGUGAAGGCCCAUCCUUCUGAGAUGGUGGAGGAGAAGGAAGGAAUAUCAAAGCAAAUAAGCAAGAGGGAGGUAGCCAUUGAAGGUGAGAAGGAGACAUGGAAGAGGACAUUGGGUCUUACUUAACCCAUACAAUGGAGACAUCUAAAGCCAAUAAGGAGGAAAAAGACGAUGACAUAACCUUGACGAAGGAGAUGACCAUCCAUGAAGAAGCCUCUAAAUGUAUCUUAAAUGUGAAAAGAUUGAUAGUUUCCUUAGGAGGAGAAGAUAGUCUCAUGCUACUUUUGGAGAGCAUUAUUGAUACGAAGAGCCUAAGAGAGAAGCUCUUGCAACUUCUGAAGAAGGAUAGGAUUGAGAAGACCAACAUCAACUCAACUCCUUAUGGACAUAAAGAACUCAUUCGAGUAUACGAAAAGAAGGAGGAUCCUGGUCAUUUCACGAUCAAUUGUCUCCUAGAUGACCAUUAUCUAGAGCAAGGACGGGUGGAUGUUGGUUCUAGUAUCAACAUCCUACCACUGCCCCUCUAGAAUGAUAUGGUCUAGCUGACAUGGAGGAGAUAUAAAUGGAGAUCAAGUUGGUAGACAACACUCCAUGUAAAUCUCUUGGAGUAGUUCAAUGACUAAACACCCAAAUAGGAACAUUCAUCUUCUUUCUAAACUAUGUGGUGAUCAAGAUAAAGAUAGAAACCACAUACUCCUUAAUCAUUGAUGGACCAUUUCUGGCCACUUCUGGUGCCAUGAUAAAUGCAACAAAAGGAGAACUUACACUAAAAGUGGGAGCGAUCCUGCAUCGAGUAGUGGGGUCUAUUGAAGAUAAAUGAACCAAGAAGCCCAUUAAUGAUGAUGAUUUCGAGGAGAAUGAAGAGGCAGAGCUGGAGAUAGAGAUCAAGACAAGAACAUGAUCUCUAGAUGAGGAUUCUUUACAUGCAACAUACCAUCAGUAUUGUCAAGAUCUAGUUUGGGAAGGCAAGUUGAAAGAAGCUCCAACAACUCCGAAUUUGAAGCUAGCAUAAAUUGAACUCAUGAUA